UCAGAAACAUCUGGCAUCUCUGUAAUCAACACGUCAAGCUCUACGCCUCGUGUAUGAUUUAACUUUGAUAAAAAUAUUUCAAAAUUAUAUUGAUUUUCUGACAUUACCUGUAUCGCCAUUCUGUUCACGUAUUCAUCUUUCCCAAUAAGAGCUAGUUCAUUAUUAGAAUAUAAAGGUUUCCGAACAAAUAAUAAUUUUAACGAUGAUUUCCCCAAUGGCUUGCGAAAAGUUCUGGGUAGAUAAAUCCAACUACGAUAAUGCCGAGAAAAAAUGCCACGAAUACUUGGCUCAACUAUCAUUCGAUGAAAAAUCGGUACAUUCAACAAUAAAGACAGAGCCUACAACGGAAAUGUUUGCAAAGGAUUCAUCAUCACUUAUCGCUGUAGAACCCAUGGAACAGGCGAAGUUAAAGAAGGACAAAAAAAAGAACAGGAAAAAUAAAAAGGAUGCAUCUCAAUCUCCGGAUCCAGUUCAGGUUUUAACCUCGGCAAUGCCAAUACAAACAAUAUCUGUCAUGGCAGAGAAUGAUUUGGGAGAACAAUCCAAGAAGCAAAAGGUAAAAAAAAACAAGAAAAAUAAGCCAUGCCAGGAAGUACAACACAGUACUGAAAAUAAAGUACAGAAGGAAAAUGCUAAGAACCUGAAGGAGAAAGAAAACUUAGCUCACAAAAUGUGCGAUAACAUUACGGAAGAGUUAAGCAAGAUAAACUCGUUUCCAGCACAAUGUACUUUGGCAUCAGAGAUUUCGAAAGCUAGGCAGCACAUCAAAAAUUCCUUAGAGCGAAUGGAUGGUAUUGCAGCCCUUGCCGCUAGUCCGGGUGCUGAACUUCUUGAUCGUUUGUCUACCGUAGAGAAGGAGAAUGAAAAACUGCGUUCAGUCAUCGAUGGUUUAAACAAUCUCGUUAUCGAUCUGCAUGCACGUGUUAAGGCAUUAGAAUCCGGAUCAAAAACUGUCCCCACACAGACAACGUUGAAAAGUUCAGCUCCAGUACCGGCUAGAAAAGCUCCAACAGCCGCAGUGACUACCGACGAUGCUGAUGAUGAUGACGUAGACCUGUUUGGUUCAGAUGAAGAGGAAGAAGAUAAGGCUGCAGCUGAUUUACGGGAGAAACGUCUGGCCGAAUAUGCAGCUAAAAAGUCGAAAAAACCCGUCCUGAUUGCAAAGUCUAAUGUUAUUCUCGACAUAAAACCAUGGGACGAUGAAACAGAUAUGAAACAAAUGGAGAAUGAAGUCCGGAAGAUCACCAUGGAUGGGUUAUUAUUGGGAGCUUCCAAAUUAGUUCCACUAGCAUAUGGAAUUCACAAAUUACAGUUGUCAUGUGUUAUUGAAGAUGACAAAGUGUCAGUUGACGAACUACAAGAAAAGAUAGAAAAAAUAGAAGACUACGUCCAAAGUGUGGAUAUCGCUGCGUUCAAUAAAAUUUAAAACAGCCCUUUUCUUCGCCUACAUCGAGUGUUCGGUCUCGAUGCAAAUUGUUCUGAAAUUGCACAUGUACAACCAUGAUCUAUACUAAAUUGGAAAAAAUAUCAAUAAACCAGUGUUCUGAAUGAAUAAAAAGAAAAUUGAGCUGCAUAGUGAAAA